AUGGACGCCCUACUUUCAAGCGAGCUGUCGGCCGACACUUUGGCGGCGCUGCAGGCGCAUCUCCAGACACAGCAGGCACAGCAGGACGCGGCUGUGUCUGAAGACUUUCGUCUCUCACAGUUCUGGUAUGACGACCGCACUGGCCGCGCACUGGCCCAGGAGGCCAUUGACCAGAGCAAGGAGAAGUGCAUCGCCUUCGUGAGUACCCCAGCAGCCUAUCGCGACUUUCUCAAGAUCCAGGAGGAGAGCGACUCGCCCAUCAACGGCGACAAUGUAUUCUUGUUCGAGUACGAUCGUCGCUUCGACGAAAAGUAUAGCGGCCACUUUGUGUUCUACGACUACAACGAGCCCACGAACCUACCGAACAAGUUCCAUCACUUUUUCGACUACGUGCUUGUAGAUCCGCCCUACCUGAACACCAACUGCAUGAGCAAAUUUGCUGAGACCAUGCGCUGGCUGGCGAGGGACGUAGAGUGCGCCCCAGGCAUGAAGGGCAAGAUUUUGAGUCCCUGCACCUUCAUCACUGCGCGCAUGCUUCGCAAAGAUAUUUAUGCAGACCUCGGCUUCACGCCGUCGAGCUUUACGCCGACGUUUGAGUCCAAACUGUCGAACCAGUUCCUGACCUACACAAACUACCGCUCGGAACGUUUUGGCCCAAGCACAGAGGACUUUGGCCCGGACGACGAGUAGAUUUAGUGGCAGUAGUCCUAAUAAAGACUUCCAGACUACCAAGCAAGAAGCUAUUAAUAGCUGGACUUUUCUACCUGCGUGUGUAGCUACAAGACUGCCACCAUCAAUGUAAUAAAAAGCCUGC